AUGCCUGCCCCCGAGGUCCACCAUCUCUUCCAUAAUCCGAUCGCGGACCACUCCUUCUCCGCUGACCGGAAGCUGCUGGCCGUUGCCCGGAACACCUCUGUUGAGCUCUAUGGCAGGGUCGGAAACUCAUUCAAGCUCAAGGACGAGCUCAAGGGUCAUGACAAGACCGUCACUAGUGUAGACAUUGCUCCCAACAGCGGCCGUAUUGUCACCUGCUCCCAGGAUCGAAAUGCCUUGGUCUGGGAACCUUCCCCGAGCGGAUAUAAACCUACCCUUGUGCUCCUUCGGAUCGCCCGCGCCGCCACCUUUGUUCGCUGGUCGCCUUCAGAGACCAAAUUUGCGGUCGGGUCGGGAGACCGCGUCAUCGCUACGUGCUACUUUGAGGAGGAGAACGACUGCGUCGCCUGGCACCCUAACUCGGUCCUCCUCGCCGCUGGAUCAACGGAUGCGCACGCCCGAGUGUUUUCUACCUUUAUCAAGGGCAUCGAUGCUCGUCCGAGCCCUGGUGUCUGGGGCGAACGCCUCCCAUUCAACACCGUUUGCGGCGAGUUCUUGAACAACUCUGCGGGAUGGGUGCAUGCAGUAUCGUUCUCGCCAAGCGGAGAUGCCCUCGCCUUCGCCGCCCACGACAGCAGCAUUACUGUCGUCUACCCUAGCGGCCCCGAACAGCCACCUCGCGCAGUUGUGAGCAUUUCCACUCAGCUGCUCCCUUUUAUGAGCUUGAUUUGGACUUCCGAGGACGAGAUCAUCGCGGCUGGCUACGACUGCGAAGCAUUCAGGUUCCAGGGCGAUGCGGGCGGCUGGCAGGUUGUUGGUACUCUUGAAGCCAAGGGACGGCCUGGCCUAGAUAAUGCUCGAGAGGAAUCUGCUCUCAACAUGUUCAAGCAGAUGGAUCUCAAGGGCAAAGCCAAAGAUGACACACAACUCAAGACUGUGCAUCAGAACACCAUUUCCACCGUCCGGGUCUACGAAACAUCGGGCAGCAAAGUUUCCAAAUUCAGUUCAGCCCCACAGCGAGGGGUUUCGAAGGAGCCCUAUCAUCCAUAUACGACAUAUGCCUCCGAGUUACGACCCCACGAGGCGCGCGAGGCAACCCGCUGCGGCCCACAGAUUUGGACCGUAUCCGCCUUCUCCGUGGUCAAGGAGCCGCCGGCAUUCCGAGGUAUCACCAGGUACUCUGGCGGUGGAGGUUACUGA